GGGGAGUCCUCAGACAACAGGAGCUCUUUGAUUUGGGAGGAGUUUUUGCUUCCAAAAAACAAGCUGAGGUCAUUUCUUUACUUUAGUCAUUUGUUUGCUCUUCGAGCUGCAGGAUUUUCACCGCUGUUAUAUUUUGACAGGUGUGGCGCCCCAGUUUCAGGUGAAGAGGCCGUUUGAAAACGUCACAAACAUGCUGGAUCAGAUCCCGAACGAGUUCCGAGAGUUUAUCCCCAGCUUUUACCACAAUAACGAAGAUUAUUUUCCGAUUAGCGAGCCCAUAUCACCAGAGCCCAUCCAGCCCCUUCCAAAGAAGUUCACUGUUAAGGAAAUGCUGAAGAUCAGACGCCAGCAAUGGAGCUCCGAGCACAGCGUCGCUCCACAAAGUGAAAAUCUUGAGUUUUUUCCCAACCAAGCAAGUCCUCAACUGACAUGUCCUACGCCGCCGGCGACCCCCAAUCCCGCCGAGCACUAUCCCGUUACCCCUCCCGACACUGCCUACAGUCCAGCUCCAUGUGCCAAGGUCCAGAUGACUUUAUUUCACUGGCAAAUCCAACAGGAGGCUAAGAAGGUUGAAGGGAUGACCACUGAGCAAGUCAACAUGCAGGAUUCAGACGGAGACACAUUUCUUCAUAUCGCCGUGGCACAGGGCAGACGGGCUCUCGCAUAUGUGCUCGCGGCAAAAAUGGCCGGAUUUGGCUCUCUGGACAUUAAAGAACACAAUGGCCAAACGGCUCUCCAAAUAGCAGCUGUCAGCAACCACCACUUGAUCCUGCAAGACCUCCUGACCCACGGAGCCCAGAUCAGCACCAUGGACCUGUGGGGGCGCUCUCCUCUGCACGUGUGCGCACAGAAGGGACACUUUCUCAGUCUUCAGAGCAUCUAUAAGACCUUAAGAGGAAUUGGCCAAACAUUUAACGUGGAAAUAUACAAUUAUGAUGGUCUGACCCCUCUGCAUGUGGCUGUUCUGUCUCACAACGCUGUAGUUAAAGAGAUAAGACAACUGGAAAACCCCUGCUCCUUCAUGACAUCGGAGCUGGCGCAGAGAAAACACAAGUACCUGGAGUGCAUCAAGAUGCUGAUGCUCAUGGGCGCCUCCUAUGGGACAAAGGAACUGAAGAGUGGGCAGACUUGCCUACAUAUGGCGUGUGAGGAGGCAAAUGUGGACCUUCUGCAGCUCUUCCUCAACCAGCCGUCAUCACUGUCUGUUGUUAAUGCUAAGACAUUCAGCGGAAACACGGCCCUCCACAUCGUCAGCUCCCUGCAGAACAUCAAACACCAGGCGGAAGCCGCCAAGCUGCUGAUGAAGAGAGGCGCCGAUCCGGGAACCCGGAACUUUGAGAACGACUUCCCGUCUCAGCUGGUGCCUGGCGGACCCAUCGGUGAAAAGGUGCGGCAGAUCCUGAAAGGAAAGUAUAUUUGAGCGUGAAUGAAGUUUAAGAACACUGUCAGUUAGACAGUCAAGUCUAUGUAAUAUUAUUUGCCCCACAAAGGCAGAUACUGGUUGUUUCAGUGAAACAUCGUCAUUUGUUCAUUACUAUGUAAUGCUUACGGUUUUUCUUUGAAGCUCUUCUUUUUAAAAUGAAAUUACAAGGAUCACUGCACCAUAAGAAAUCAUGUUAUUGUUAAAUCUGUUGUAAUUUUUUUGUAGACAUUUUAAGUUUUUUUAUUUUAAAAAUAUAUGUAUUUUGUUUGUGUUUAAAGACCCACUCUGAUCAUAUUUUGAUCUUUUAUAAAUCCCAGUGGUCUAUUUUUAUAAUUAUUCUUUUGUUUUUUACCCAAGAAGAUAAAUAAAUAUAUAUAAAUGUGUAGGACAGUUUCUGGCAAAGUAGCCAUAGUUCAUUAGAAAUUCAACUCCAAGUUGUGGGCGGGACUGUUGGUAUGGAGCAACCCCGCCCCCUCUUCCCCUCUCUGUUUGUAGGAGCUUGGAGCAGCGUUUUUUUUUUGUCUGCUCCUGAUUCAUCGUAUGCAUAAAGAAAUACUCGGAGAUGCAAUGUUAAGCUUAAUUUCAUCUGAAAAAUGUCUCAAGAACACAGUUUUAAGCGUUUUGAAAUAUUAAGUCCAUAUAUUAAGUUUUUUUUUCUGUAAUUAUGAUUAACAUGUAUAAAAAUCAUUUUGCGUUAAUGUAAAAUAUGACACUGUUUGAACAUAUUGUGACCUUUUUGUGUGUGUUUUUAUGGUGUAAACAUACAUUCACUGUUAGGGUGGUUAUAUGUAACUGGUGUGUUCAUUGGAUAUAUACUAAAUAAAGUGGGUAAAAGCUA